UGGUGCAUUUCCUGUCCCUCACAGUGAUGCGUUUGCUAAUCUGGAUCGGAUAGGUCGUUAGACGCCAAAGCGGGCGGGAGUUGACUGUUCGUCACGCUGAUUGGCUCGGGGACCUGCGUUUAUAGCCAAUAGUAAGAGGGAUUGUUGUUCUAGUGUGCUCGUCUCGAGGGCCGAGAGGUUGUCCAUUGUGCGGGAGUGUGAGGAACGAAGAUCCGAAACAUGAGGGGUGAACGAGGACGUGGCCGUGGCCGCUUUGGCUCCAGAAUGGGACCUAACGCAGGUUUCAGACCCUUCGUCCCUCACAUUCCCUUUGACUUCCACGUGUGUGAAAUGGCCUUCCCUCGAGUGAAACCGGCCCCAGAUGAUGGCACACUGAGCGAGGCGCUGCUCAAACGAAACCAAGAUCUGGCCCCUACAACAACUGAGCAGGCCUCAAUCCUUUCUUUGGUAACCAAAAUCAACAACGUUAUUGACAAUUUGAUUGUAGCCCCUGGAACCUUUGAAGUGCAAAUUGAAGAGGUGCGACAGGUGGGCUCCUACAAGAAAGGGACCAUGACCAGUGGCCAUAAUGUUGCAGACUUGGUUGUCAUCCUAAAGAUCCUUCCCACUUUGGAAGCCGUUUCUGCUUUGGGCAAUAAGGUAGUGGAGACCCUGAGGACACAAGAACCCGCAGAAGUUCUCACGAUGCUGACAAAUGAGACUGGCUUUGAAAUCAGCUCAGCAGACGCCACCAUUAAGAUCCUUAUCACAACUGUACCACCAAAUCUCCGCAAGCUGGACCCAGAAUUACACUUGGACAUCAAAGUUCUACAGAGCGCACUGGCAGCCAUCAGGCACGCACGCUGGUUUGAGGAGAAUGCCUCCCAUUCUACAGUGAAGGUUUUAAUCCGGUUGUUGAAAGACUUGAGGAGUCGGUUUCCUGGAUUCGAACCUCUAACUCCCUGGAUCCUGGACCUCUUGGGUCACUAUGCAGUGAUGAACAACCCAACCAGGCAGCCACUGGCACUUAAUGUGGCCUACAAACGCUGCCUACAGAUUCUCGCUGCCGGCCUCUUCCUCCCUGGCUCAGUUGGCAUUACAGACCCCUGUGAAAGUGGAAAUUUCAGGGUUCACACUGUCAUGACUCUGGAGCAGCAGGACAUGGUUUGUUACACUGCCCAGACGUUGGUCCGAAUUCUCUCACACGGAGGCUACAGGAAGAUUUUGGGCCUGGAGGGAGAUGCCAGUGCUCUUGCCACAGAAAUGUCCACCUGGGAUGGUGUCAUUGUGACCCCUUCAGAGAAGGCCUAUGAGAAGCCCCCUGAAAGGAAAGAAGGAGAGGAGGAUGAUAACCAGGAAAUUGCUGAGGGGGCAGAAGAGGAGGAGAGUAUGGAGACACAAGAGUGAUACAAAGUUAAAGAUAGAAGCCUAGUGUGUGUUCUCAAAGAUUUCACUUGUUCUGGAUUGUCCCUCUGUCGCCCCCGGGGCACAACAUAUUGGGUCUUUCUGGACCAAAUGCCACCAAGUUGCUGUUUUUUGUUCUUAGCUUGUCAUGUGACUUCUUCUUUUAUAUACUGUAGGGAUAUGUUUUUGCCAGCAAUAAAUUUUUAUUUCACCCCCUG